UGGUUGCUGGUGUCCCCCACCUCCAUCCAUCCUAGUAAAAUGGACCCAUCACCACCAAAACCAGCUCAAUCUCAUUCUCCCUCACAUUUCUAGCCCCUUUAUUCUCCCCCUCUCAUUCAUUCAUUCAUUCAUUCCUUCCUUCUCAACCCCAUUUUCAUCAACCACCCAUUCUUCAAACCCAAAAAAAACACACACAUUGCUAUUUUACCACAGUCAUCUUUAUAUCAUUAUCUUCGUUAUCAUCAUCAACACAUCACAUUACACAAUUGAUGGGGAGGAUGAUGCAAUGGAACAAAACCAACAACUCCGACAACAUGUUUAAGGUUUCGAUUCUCUUCACCUUCACCCUCGCCCUCCUCCUCUUUUCUCUCCCCGCCGCUGUGCACGGCGCCAGACUCGAGCUGGUGCACCGGAACCAUGACCGCUUCACCGGCGGCAAGUUGGAUCGGGUAGAGGCCUUCAAAGGGUUCGUCCAGAGGGACAACCAUCGACGACUGCAGAUCAACCAAAGGCUGGGGUAUGACGACGACUACGACACGCGGAGGAGGGCCGCGGAAACAGACUCGGACACGUCCGAAGCGGAAAUGCCGUUGCUCACCGGGCGAGACCUCGGCAUCGGAGAGUACUUCGUGCAGGUUAAGGUGGGCACGCCGGGGCAGAAACUCUGGCUGGCCGCCGACACCGGCAGCGAGUUCACGUGGUUCAACUGCUACUCGCGGGAGAAGGCCGAUGUCCCACGCCAGAGUCCGAAGAAGAAGCGUCUGCGUCGCGCGAGGAGCCACCACCACCACCACCACCACCACAGAGGGUCGAAGAACCACACCAGAACGAAGAAGAAGGCCAGGAAUAAGAACAAGAACGAUCCCUGCAUUGGUGUGUACUGUCCCGACAAGUCUCGAACGUUUCACUCUGUGACGUGUGCUUCCAGAAAGUGUAAGGUUGACCUCAGCGACCUUUUCUCCUUGACCUAUUGCCCCAAUCCAUCUGAUCCUUGCCUAUACGAUAUCGGGUAUGCUGAUGGAUCAUCUGCAAAGGGGUUCUUUGGCACUGACAGUAUCAUAUUAGGCAGUUCAAAUGGGAAGGAAGAAAAACUGAAUAAUCUGACAGUUGGGUGCACACAAGAAAUGCUAGAUGGGAUAAACUUCAACGAAGAAACUGGUGGCAUAUUGGGACUGGGCUAUUUCAAGGACUCAUUCAUUGAUAAAGCAAGUAGCAAAUAUGGUUCCCAAUUCUCCUAUUGUCUUGUUGACCAUUUGAGCCACACAGACGUCCCUAGUGUUCUAACUCUUGGAGGCCAUCACAAAGCCAAAUUGCUGGCCGAAAUGCAAAAAACCGAACUCAUUCUGUUUCCUCCAUUCUAUGGUGUGAGUGUGGUUGGCAUCUCACUUGGGAACCAAAUGCUGAAUAUCACACCUGAGGUUUGGAAUUUCGAUGCUCAAGGAGGCACCAUAGUUGACACCGGCACAACCCUGACUGCACUACUCACCCCAGCCUAUGAUCCAGUUUUUGAGGGUCUGACGAAGCCCCUAAGCACAGUGAAGAGGUUAGCUGCAGAAGAUUUUGGAGCUUUAGAAUUUUGCUUUGAAAGUGAUGGGUUUGAUGAUAAAAUAGUGCCAAGAUUAGCAUUCCACUUUGCAGGGGGAGCAAAGUUUGAGCCACCAGUUAAGAGCUACAUCAUUGAUGUGGCACCCCAAGUGAAGUGCAUUGGAAUUGUGCCAAUACUGGGUGCAGCUGGUGUAAAUGUCAUUGGCAAUAUCAUGCAGCAAGACCAUCUCUGGGAUUUUGACUUUGGAAAACGCACAGUAGGCUUUGCUCCUUCUGCCUGCUCCUAGUUCUAUUCCUUUCUUUCCUCCAAAACAUAUAUCUAUGCAACUACUAAUCCCUUCCGUCUGCACCUUUCUGCCUUUGUCAAUGUGAUUAUUUCCAUCUCUUUCUUUCCCCAUUGGCUCUUCCCAACAGAAACAACUCACAUUAGAUGUUUGUCUUGUUCCAA